AUUAAUUUGUUUAUAGCCAUCUAGGUAUAUUAUUUUCACUUCCUUGAAGAUGAAACCCAUGUCUUCUUCUUCUUUGUAUAUCUAAUAUUUAUCAAAAAGACUCAAAUGUUUAUUGACUGAAUAAUAAACAUAUGAAUAAAAUGAAAUAAAAAUAAUUCUGAGGUUAUUUUAUAUAGACAAUAUUUUUAAUAUCUACAUGUACAAUGAGAUACAAAGCUGAUAUAAUCCAUAUCUAGGACAAUAUGAAACAGUAAAUUUAAAAACUUUUCAAAUGAAGAAAAUGUAGUAUAAUGAUUUUUAAAGUUACUGACCCUUUGAGAAAUAGCAAGUAAACAUUUGAUUUCAAGACAAUAAAACCUAAAAACAUUAAAAUUCCUUUUGUCUUUUCUGUGAAUUACACAUCAGCUUAUCAACUUAAAAAUUACUAAACUUUAAUUAUCUUGAAAAAUAAAUGAAACAAGAUUGGCUAAGUCUCUAGGGCUUCAGUUAAGGAAUCUAAUGAGAACUCUAGAAUCUCUCCCAUGAAAAAGGCAGAUAUACAAAAAGAGACAAAAUUUUCAUAUGAUUUAAGAGCUUCAAGAACCUCUUAUCUAGGUAAAAGUUUGUGGAUAUCUUGCAGAAUUUGCAUAAAAAUAACUAGCUUAAUUUGAGAGAACUCUGAAGAUUCUCACUAAUGAUGGGAAAAAAAAACUGCCUCAAAACAUGUUUCACAGAGACAGAAAGCAGAAUGGUGGCUGCCAGGAGCUGGGAGGAGGGGACACUGGGGAGUAAUUGUUUAACAGGUAGAGGUUCGGUUCACAAGAUGAAAAAAGUUCUGGAGAUGGAUGGGGGGAUGAUAGUUACACAAUAAUAUAAAUGUAUUUAAUGCCACUAAAGCGUAUACUUAAAAAUGAUUAAAAUGAUACGUUUUAUGUUAUGUAUUUGUUAUGGGCUGAAUUGUGCCCUUCAACAAACCCCAAAAUUCACAUUUUGAAGCCUAACCACCAGUACCUUAGAACGUGACUGUAUUUGUAGACAGGGUCUUUAAAGUAGUAAUGAGCUUACAUGAGGUCAUUAGGGUUGAUCCUACUCAAAUAUGACUGGUAUCUUUAUAAGAGGAGGAGCGCAGGACACCGAGACAGUAAAGAUCACAUGAAGACACUAGAGGAAAAUGGCCGUCUACACGUCAAGGAGAGAGACCUUAGGAGAAAUCAAUCCUGCUGACAUCAUCUAGCCUCCAGACUGUGAGGAAAUACACUUAUGUUGUUUAAGCCAUCCAGUCUCUGGUAUUUUGUUAUGGCAACCCUAGCAAACUAAUAUCUAUUAGCAUUAGAUAUUUUUACCUCAAUUAAAAAAUAAACUAAAGUAAAUACUCAUUGACCAAAAAAAAACACAACUUGCUUUAAAGCAUUUCACAGUGUAUCUUUUAAAAGUUUAUUUACAUUAUGUAUAAAAAACACAUACAGGCCAGGCACAGUGGCUCACGCCUGUAAUCCCAGCACUUUGGGAGGCCGAGGCGGGUGCAUCUCUUGAGGUCAGGAGUUCGAGACCAGCCUGGCCAACACGGUGAAACCUCGUCUCUACUAAAAAUACAAAAAUUAGCCAGGCGUGGUGGUGCGCACCUGUAGUCCCAGCUGCUUGGGAGGCUGAGGCAGGAGAACUGCUUGAACCCGGGAGAUGGAGGUUGCAGUGAGCCAAGACUGCACCACUGCACUCCAGCCUGGGAGACAGAGCAAGAGUCUCAAAAAAAACACAAAAAAACAACACACACACACAGCAACAAAAGAAAAAGCAGACAAACUGUAUAGACAUCAUCAAAUUUCAAGACUCUUUUGUUUCAAAGGACACAAUCAGAAUGAAAAAACAGUCUACAGAAUGGGAGAAACUUUUUGCAAAUCAUAUAACCAAAAAGGGACUUGUAUUAAGAAUGCAUAAAUACAACUCAAGAAUAAAAAAGCAAACAACUCAAUAUUUUUCCUUCCUUAUCAAGGACAUUCUUAAGUGCAAAUGAUGUAUUUUUGUUUGUUUCUUUUCUACUGUGGUCAAUGGUGGGAAGAAUACAGUGACCACUUGUGCAGUUUGAUUCCAGUGCCUUGAUUCCUGUUAAGGCACCAGCAGUUUUAAUAAAUAUCUUCUGAAAAAAUAAAAAUUAAAUCACUGACAUUAAUUCUAAGAGUAUAAAAGAAAUAUGACAAAGUCACUCUUCAUUGGCUAUUCCAAAAAUCUAAAACGACAAUGUCUAAGAUGAAAUACAUUUCUUUCUCACAAAAUGUCUCUUACUCAAUAUAAAAUAUAUUCUUUAGGUAUACAAAAAUAUUUGAAAUCUGGAAAUUUGUUUUGAAUAACUUUUUAAAAUGCCAUGUAGCUGUUAUGAAAAAUUCCAAAUAUGUUUCUGUAUUUUUUAUAUUAUUUUCGCGGGAACAUUUAAAAGUGAGCUGCAGAUACCAUGACAGUUCACAUCUAAAUGUUUCAGCAAAAUGUUUAUCAACUAAGGAUACGUCUGAAAUGUUUCUUAAUAACAGCAGCACUUUUUCCAAAUGCAAUUCACAAGUAAUCUUGAGUAUCACUGUGGAUAUAUGAGUAUUUUACUUAUCCAAUGUUUCAUAAUCAAUUAAAAUGAUUACUCAUUUUUAUAAUUUCUUAAAAACACAUGUCCAUUGCUUUCUUGCUUUAUUUUGAUAUCAAGAAGUGUGAUGCUAAAUUGGUUCUAUGUUAUUUUCAUUUUUAAUUAUUUUUAAUUUUUAAAUUACUAAUUUAUUGGCUUAGAAGCUCAGGCGGCCUUUAUUUUCCCUUUUGUUUUAAGGUCUAAUACUAUAUCUUAAAAGUUGAUUGUUAUAAAUCAAGUUUCCCAGGUACACAGGAAACAGGAGUCCUUUCAAUAUGGAAAUUCAGAUCUCAUUUUAUUUCAAAAAAAAGUUUUAUUAUAACUUUAAAUACCAUAUCUGUUAAUUUUCCACUUGUUUCCUAGUUCAAGGUGUUGAACUAAAUAUAUGGAAAAUUCUCUUUCUGAUCCUUUUUAUUUCUCUUAUUUCAGAUUAUUUUCUUGGCUCUUUCUAUUCUUUACGUCUUUUAUUGAACUUUUGGAAUAUCUAUCUUCCCUUGUCUACCUUGUGAUUUACUUUUCAUUUCUGAGAUGAUUUUUGUCUUUUGUCACCAUUUACUUUCCCGAGUUCAGUCAGCUGCUGUUUCACAUAUCUUCCUGUUUGUCCAUUUCAACUGUGAGUUUUUCAAUGUCUGAUUCAUGGUGUCCUUUCAUAAUGCAAUUGCUUGUUUAAUAUAGGUUAUUCGUGUUCAGAUGUUUCAUUUCAGUUUUCCUGUUUUGUCAUUUUUCUUGGAUUUCUUCCCUUUUUAUUUGUGCUUUCAUUCUGUGUGUGUGUAAUUUACUAAGAAGAUUUGAUUUUAAUUUUGUUUUAUACUUACUGUAACUUUGUAAAAGUGCUGGCUUCUUUUUCUGUUGAGGAUUAUUUGUAUUGGCUUUUUUAGAAUGAGCAGUAACAAGUUAUCUUGCAAUGGAGGGUGAACGGAGGUAAGCUGACUUACUAGGUUUCUCAGUUCAACAGCACCCUCUUCUGUGGCUUCACUGAAGUGUAGUUGCUUUAAUAAGUGGCACUUUUUGUGGUGGGAGGGACAAGAUUUGUCUUAAAAAAAAAAAUCAUCUUGUUCCCAUAGUGCCCAUAUCUUCAGCUGCUUUCUUCUUUCCUUUCACCACCACGACUCCAAGGGACACCACAGCCCCACUCUGUCCUUUGCAAGGUGUCUUCCAUUAUCCCAGAAUUCAUGGUUUCCCAAGAUUGUCACCUUAAGGUCAUCCAUACAUUCUAAGCCCCAUCUUGCAAAUCAUUACUAGUCAGGUCUCUGACAAACCAUAUAUAAUUCAGAAUGAGAAAACUACAAAUAUUAAUUUCAAUUUACAUGUGGCAGCCAUCCUAAAGGAACCUGGAACUUUUCUCCUGUAAAAUGGUAAAGUUCUCUUUUCUUAAAGUCAUCCAAGUGUUCCUUUUACUUAACAUUUUGAGUCAUUUCAGAAGCCCCCCUAAAAGAAUGUUCUUUUUCCAUGAUCUCUUUCCAAGGUCCUUCACUAAGAAAAUCUACUUAAAUAACUUAAUAAGGGAAUAAUUUCUACAUGGAAAAAGCUGUGCAUUCCUUAUUUUGCUUUACUAUUUUUUUAAAUAGAGUUUUUGUAGAAGACAACACAUGGUAUUUGCUUACUUUAUAAAAGGAUUUUGACUCCAAUAGAGUCAUACAACCAUCUCAAAUGGAGAGGCAAUUAAAAUACUGUCCAAAUCCUCUGCAUAAAUAAAAUACUCCUGGCAAAUUAUGAAGCCUAUGAAGUUAGUCUUUACAAUCCCCCUGUGCUUUCUGUAUCCUUUUUCUCUUUCAUGUUUAUCCAGUGCCUGAAAAAUCUUUCUCUUCUGUGCUAUCCAAGUACUCCUAAAAUAACACUGUAAAAUUAUUUACUGUGUCCAUACAGAAGGCUCUCUCUAACUCAGAAAGAGUAAAGUUUAUAUUCUAUAGCGCCACACUGAGAUCAGACAAUUCACGUAUAAAAUAACAUACAGCCAGGUAUGAUGGCAUGUUCCUAUAGUCCCAGCUACGUGGGAGAUUGAGGAGGAAGGAUCAUUUGAGCCUAGGAAUUAGAGACCAGCCUGGGUUACAUAGUGAGACCCCAUCACAAAUAAAUAAACAUAAAAUUACAUAGUUUAUUUCAGGUAGAAGGCCAAAGCAUCUUUCCAAACACUGGAAAUAAAGCCAACAAAACGAACAAGAAAGCAGAGAUACUGUGCUAUGCUAGAAACAAACUAAAAAUUAAGAAUAUCAAUAAAUAAUUAAAGACACAUCAUCUAGAGUAAUCCAAAAUCAUUAGGAAGAAAUUCUCUACACAUACCAAAAAUAGGAAGGUAGCCCAAUAGUUAGUAUAACCUGUUUUGAAAAUGACAGCUCAAAGAAGCACUUGAAACUAAAAGGAAAUAAUAGAGAAAUCAAAUUAAUUUCUUCUUACAAUCUUUGGAAAAAAGGAUAGAAAAGUUCACACUCCUAUACUGCAUUUUUAAAUGUUCAAAUAGUCAUAUAAUAGAUAACACAUAUUGUACAAGAUAUAAUUGAUAAACCUGAAAAUUUAAAGACACUCCGAGUGAAGAAAACUGAAGUUUAUUGGUCAAUGGAGACAAACACAAAAUGCUAUUACAAAUUCAGAAAGGUCCCAAGAGUCACUAAAGAUUAUUUUUGUGAAAACACGUUAUACAGCAAUGAGAAAACAAUUUAAUACAUUAUUUCCCUCAAAAUGAGAUCCCCUCCAAACUCCCUGCAUCACUAUUUUUCUAAUUAUCAAACUAAAAACUUGUGAGAGAAGAUAUGAAAAUAGAACUUCAGUUAAAAGCUACUUUAAAGAAGCACAAGAAAGAUGGUAAGCCAGGGAAAAAAGACAUAAUAUGAGGCAGAGAACAGCAAGUUAAGUCCAAAGAGAACUAAGGUUACCCUAAUUUAUAGCCCAACUGUUGAUACACAUCUUAUUUACUGUCAGUUUCCAAUGUAGUAUAAAAAUGCACACACCAGUUAAAUAAGAAGACCUGCCAAGCAACUCAGUAAAGCUGAUAUAAUAAAAUCCCAGAAAAAUAAACUCUUUUUCUCAUUUGAGAGACUUUAAAAGUAACUUCUUGUAUGGUAAAAUUAUAGGCAGGCUUUCCAGAAGUUCACACAACCAGCUAACCUGAAUGCACAAGGAACUAUAUGUGUAGAGUCAAAGGCAAUUCUAAAAUAGUAGUGUAGAGUUCUGGGGGAUGUCAGAGAAAAAACUUGUCAAAAUUAUUGAGCACUUACUCUGAACUCUACUAAAUUUAUCAGGAGUUAAUGUAUAUUGUUCCAGUCAUUUUAUUUUGCUUUUACAUACAUAUUUAUAUACACAUGAAAUAUACAUAGAAUAUCUACAAAUCAUUUCAUUAAUAAAUUAUACAGUGUAAUUCAGCCACUAGCUUUUUUCAUUCAAAUGUGAGGUCAAAUGUGACCUGUCACCUGUUUCUGUAUGUCCUGUGAGCUAAGAAUGGCUUUUAUGUUUUUGAAUGGUUAGAAAAAAUUAGUCUAAAGAAAAAUAACAUUUCAUGACUAGUGAAAAUUGCACAAAAUUUGAAUUUCAGUGUUGCACUAUAACAGCAGAGCUGCAUAUUUACAACUGAGACCAUAUGGCCUAUGACCUACAAAUGCUUUAAAUAUUUACUAUCUAGCUCUUUCCCUAAGCAGCCUGAGGUAAUCUGUGAAAAUGGUUCGCUAUUCACUUGACCCGGAGAACCCCACGAAAUCAUGCAAAUCAAGAGGUUCCAAUCUUCGUGUUCACUUUAAGAACACUCGUGAAACUGCUCAGGCCAUCAAGGGUAUGCAUGUACGAAAAGCCACGAAGUAUCUGAAAGACGUCACUUUACAGAAACAGUGUGUACCAUUCCGACGUUACAAUGGUGGAGUUGGCAGGUGUGCGCAGGCCAAGCAGUGGGGCUGGACACAAGGUCGGUGGCCCAAAAAGAGUGCUGAAUUUUUGCUGCACAUGCUUAAAAACGCAGAGAGUAAUGCUGAACUUAAGGGUUUAGAUGUAGAUUCUCUGGUCAUUGAGCAUAUCCAAGUGAACAAAGCACCUAAGAUGCGCCGCCGGACCUACAGAGCUCAUGGUUGGAUUAACCCAUACAUGAGCUCUCCCUGCCAAAUUGAGAUGAUCCUCACGGAAAAGGAACAGAUUGUUCCUAAACCAGAAGAGGAGGUUGCCCAGAAGAAAAAGAUAUCCCAGAAGAAACUGAAGAAACAAAAACUUAUGGCACGGGAGUAAAUUCAGCAUUAAAAUAAAUGUAAUUAAAAGGAAAAAUAAAAAAUACAAAUAAAUAAAUAAAUAAAUAUUUACUAUCUGGCCCUUUACAGAAAAAGUUGCCCAACCUAUACAUUAGAAUAAUUAUUUAGAAGUGGAUUUGCUGGGUCAUAAGUUAUGUACAUUUUAAAUUUUGCUAGAAACAAGUAAAUUGCUAUCCAAAAUGACUGUAUCAAUUUAUACUGCCACCAGAAAUGCAUUAAGUUCCUAUUUCCUUUCAUCAUCACCACUUAGAUUUUUAUAAGAAAUAGUAUCUCAUUGUUUUAAUGUCCAUUUCCCUUCUAAAAUCACCUUUAGGUGAUCACUAACAUGAGUCUUUCCCUCUUCUUAAACUGUAUUUCUUUUUUCUUCUAUUUGGUUUGUCUUUUAAAAAAUUAAUAUGUGGCAUUAUUUCGAUAAUCUAGACAGAAAUUCUUUGAAAUAGAUGUUACAAAUAACGUCACUACACUUUUUCUUCUCUUUUAACUUUGUUUGCAUUGUCUUUUUUUUUUUUGCUAUAUAUGAUAUUCUAUUUCAUUAAUCUUUGACAAUCUUUUUUUAUUAGCUGUAAUUUGGGUAGUGUGACACCUUUCCCUACUCCUAAGCAAAAAAAAAAGAUAUUCUGCAAUAAUUCUGAUGUUUUCUUUUUGCAUUUUUAUCUUUAAUCCAUUUGUAUUUUGUUUUUAUGUACAGUGUAAAGGGGAAAUCUAAUUUUGUUUCUCCAUGGCAAACCAAUUGCUUCAACGUAGAAUUUUUUGACUUACCUAUCCUUUCCUCCAAGUAAAACCAUAUCUAUCAUACAUAUAUUGUUAUGCAUGAGUCUCUUUGGGGGCUUUAUAAUAUGUUGUAUAUUUAUUUACCUAAUCUGAACCAAUAUCACAUUAUCUGAAUCAUCACAACUUUAAAAUAGAAAAUCCUGGUGUCAGAUAGACUAAAUGCCUCUCCCACCACUACUGUUCAUACUCCUUAGUCAUCCAAAUGGCUUUGGCUUUUUCUUCCUUUACUAGUCCACACGAAUUUGAUAGCCAGCUUAUUACAUUCCAUGAAGAAUCCUAGAAAGGCAGAAUGUAGUAAUAGUUAAGAGAGCAUACCUGGAGUCAGACAGCUAGCACUUCCACUUAUGAGUUGUGUGACCAGAUACAAACCUCUCCACAUCUGUAGUCACAUAUAAAAUGACUACAUACUCCACAGCUGCUUUGAGGAUUAAACAAGUUAAUAAAUUCAAAGUGCUUAGAAUAGUGUUGGGUAUUUAUUAAAUACUGGAAGUUUAAGAGAAAUUGAAUUGUAUUUAUUUACAGAUAAUUUAGAUAAAAUUAUAUGAUAAUUUAUUCUUCUCAUCCCUAAACAUGUUCCACCUCUCCAUUUAUAGGUGUUCCUUUAUGAUCUAUAAUUAAUUUUAUUUUGUCUCCAUAAAGAAGAUGUACAUCUUUUAAGAUGAUAAUCGGGUGGCUUAUAGCUUUUGUUGCUUAUUUUGUAUUAAUACAUCUAUAGAUACAUGCAUAUAUCUAUUAUAUAUAAAUAAUAUAGGAAUAUAUACUAUUGAUUUCCAUGUAAUGAUCUUUUAUCUGGCAAUCUUACUAAACUCUCUCAUUAAAUUUAAUAUUGGUAGAUUCACUUAGAUUUUUCCAUUACAUAGCAUCUGUGAAAAAAAGGAAGGGAGAGUUCCUGAUCCUCACACCUCCUAUUUCUUUUCCUUACUGCAUUAGUUGAGACUUUUUGUGCAGUAACAAAUAGAUGGGAUUAUAGCAUGUAUUCUUAUCUUGUCCCCGAUUUUCAUCGAAAUGCUUCUAUAAUUUCACACUAUAUAAAGUUUGCUGCUAGCUUUAGACACAUUCCCUUUAUUAUCUCCCAUUUAUCUGCAGUGUCUAAGCCACACUGCCUUUUUAAAAAACAUUAUCAUUUAUGAUUAAUGAUUUUAUUCAAAUGUUUUUUCUGUAUCUACUGAAAUAAUUACAAGAUAUUUCUCAUUUAAUGUAUUGAUAUGAUGAAAUACACUAAUAUAUUUUCUAAUCCUGAAUCCUUCCUGUAAUUUUACGAUAAUUUCUAUUUGGUCAUGAAAUGUUUUUAUUUAUACAUUACUGAGUUUGAAUUUUAUUUAAGAUUUGUACAUCUGUGACCACAAGUGAGGCUGACUCUCUAUUUUUUUCAUUCUCUCUGUGUUGUUUUGGUUUCAGAAUUAUAUUCGUUCCACCAAAUGAGGUAGGAAGCUUUUUUAUUCUGUUCAUAUUAUGUCAGCACCUCAAGUGGUUAAUAAAUGUCAAAUGUAAAAACCAUCUAAGCCUGCUGUCUUGUUUGCAGUUUGUUGGGAAAGGGUACGUGUUUUAUACAAUUAAAAAAGGAGGAGUAUCCUUCAGUUGAAGGCUUAAUUUAUUUCUUUUACUUACUUUCUUCCUAAAUCUAAAUAUUACGUUAGCCACCUCCAAAGUGAUUUUUAUAUCCUUAUACUGAAAAUGUCUCAUGUAAAUAGCACAUUUUUAGGUUAUGUUUUUAAUUUAGUAUGACCACUUUUUUCUUUGAAACAGGGUACUUGGUCCAAUUAUAUUUAAUGUAAUAAGUGAUAUAGCUGGAUUUACAACUACUACCUAUUUUCUAUCUCCCAUCUGUUUGAAUUUCCUUUUUCUUCUUUUGAAUCAGCCAAAUAUUUUAUUACAUCUUUUUUUCUGCUAUCAACUUGAUAGGUGUAUUUUUACCAUUAUCGUGACAAUUACCUUGGACAUUAGAACACCCAACUUGGACCUGGUAGUCUAAUCAAACUGUUCAACAUUACCAUUUCUUCAAUAAUAGUAGUACCUUACAACACUUUGACUCCAUUUGUCCUCCUGCCUUUGACCUUAUUAUUGUCAUAUAUUUUAAUUCUAUGAAUACUUUAAACUCAACAAGAUGGUGGGGUUUUUUGUCUGAUUAAUAGUCAAUUAUUUUAAUUGAUAUAUUUACUGAUUCUGGCUCUCUUCAUUCUUUACUGAAUUUUGUUGUUUCUCUUUAUAAUCAUUUUAUUUCUGGCUGAAGAAUUUCAUUUAGUUUUAUUUUAUUUCAAGUGCAUUGGCAACAAAUUCUCUGUCUGAAAAACAUUUUGAUUUCGUCUUCACUUAUGUAAGAUAUUUUUGCUGUGUAGAGAAUGAUAGGUUAAAAGUUUUCUUCCUUUCACCACUUUAAACAUGUCAUUCUAUUGUUUUAUGGUUCUGAUUGUAAUAACAUGUCAGUAUUAAAGAUAAUGUCAGGCUUUCCUUCUCUGUCAGGCUUUUAAGUUUGUUCUCUAUGUUUUUUCAGCAUUUUGACUAUGAUGUGGCAAAUUGUGGUUUUCUUUGCAUUCAUUUUGCUUACAAUGAAUUAACUGAAUAUGUGGUCUGAUAUAUUUCAUUAGUUUAGGAAAAUGUUUAUUAUCACUUUAAAUAUUGUCUGUUCUUCCUUAUUUUCAAUCUGUCAUCUAGUUUGGGAUGUUAUUUACACACAUGUUGGACCAUUUUUCUGUGUCUAACAUGUCUCGUACUCUGUUUUUUCUGUGCUUCAGUUUCAAUAUUUUCUAUUGUACUGUCUUCAAGUUCACUAAUUCUAUCAUCUUCUGUAUCCAAUUUGCUGUUAAGCCAUCGAUUGAGUUCUUAACUUCAGAUACCAUAUUUUUCAAUACUAGAAUGUUCAUUAUUUUAGUUAUACUCAUAUGCUCUGGUGAAACUCCCCACCUUUUCAUCUAUUUUCAAGAAUAUUUUUCCUAUUUUCUUGAACAUCUUAAACAUAGUUAUUUUAAAGUUUUUGUCUACUACCUCCAAGUUCUGGAUCACUUCUGAGUUUGCUUCUAUAUUCUGUUUUUUGUUUUUCUCUUGGUAUAUGAUUACGGUGUACUAGUAAUUUUUAAUUGAUGGAUGUAGGAAACUGCAUACUUAAGAAAGGUUAUAUACAGUGCUAUUUUCCACUUAAGAAGGUCCGUGUGUUCCUCUGCUGGGCAGUUAAGAGUGAUACUCUGAUCACUUUUACUCAUUCAGGGACUGAGCUGAAUUUAGACCACCUGAAAAUUUUGAUAAAACUAAUUCAUUACACCUUAAUGUGGCCCUAUUCUAAUGGUGAGGCCCUUCAAGGUUUUCAGUUGAAAGCCUGGCAGGUCUUUGUCUCAACACAGAGAGAGUAAGACUAUAGAGAUUUCUAAUAUACUUUUCAAAGGUUUCUGACUUACAUUUUUGGACUAUUGUCCUGCACAGCUUAAGAAUUUGGCAUGCCAGCCUCACUGAACUGCCAAAAGCUGUACUGAUCACUCUGUCCCCGUUAGUAACCCUUUAUCAGAGGCCAAGCCCAAAUUCUCACCUAUAGCGUAGAGGUAUGUGACUUUUCUAUGCAACUAAUCACCUCAAUCAUUAUAGUAUGAAAGCAGCCAUGAUGAUAUGUAAAUCAAUGAAUAAGGCUGUUUUCCAAUAAAACUUUAUUUUAAAAAAUAGGCAACAAGAAGAUUUGGCCCAUGGGCCAUAGUCUGCUGACUUCUGCUUUUGCUGCACCCGGAAAAAGCAAGUGUACCCAAGAGAAAAAAGUGGCUAGAAACUGUCAGCAUUAGUUCACCACAAUCUCCAGAGCUGUCAACUCUUACCUGGUACAUUCUUAAGGGGCUCUCAUCCUGAAGAUGUUUAUCUCCUCAGUAAUACAAGACUAGUAAAUUCAUAGCUCUGGUUAUCAGAUGUUUUUUGCUUAGUAAUUUAGCUUCCCUUUAGUUUUAGAAUUUGGCAAGUAUUUUGAAAGGAAAAUUGGUAAUAUGAUUGAGGCAAAUAUCUUGAAAAGGAAAGUUAUUUUGAGUGAAUAACAAUUAUGUCACUCUAGCCUAACACAGUCACCAAAAAUGUUGCUGGUGAAAUUUCUCUAUACUCUAGCAGUGGCCCACUGCCAAGCCCAGAUUCUCAACCUUUGGUCUACUCCCAGAAUUGGCGAAUGAUUACAGAGAAAAAUUGGCUACAGAUUCUCAGCUCAUCUCUGAGAAGUUUCCCCAAAUCUAGAUUUUUAGAUUCUCAGUCCUCAUUGCUUCUACAUCUGAUAUUUUUAAAAAUACGAUUUAAUCUGCCUUUCCUAAUUGUUCUUGGUGAGCUCAUAAGCCUACUGCAAAUUAUUUCAUCCUGUUCAGAAGUAGAAAUUGUACACUACUACUUUUGAUAUUUUCAUUAUCACUUAGUCCCAAGUAUUUUUUUAAUUUUCAUAGGUUUUUAAAUAUUAUUCUAAGAAUUAUUCAAAGAGUGUUUUCAAAUUCCCAAAUAUAUGUUUUAAACAAUUCUUUUUUACUCAUGAUUGUAACUAUUACACUGUGAUCCGAAAAAAAAUGCUCCUUAAGAUUCCAACACUUUACGUUAUUAAGACUUACUCUUUUGGCCUAGUAUUGGUUAAUAUUUGUAAACAUUACAGUUGGUCUUAAAGAGAGUGCUUAUUCCCUAAUUGUUCAAUUUCUUGGCUCAAGUUUAUUGAUUAUGUUGCUUACAUUUUUAAUUUUAAAACUUUUGGAUGGCUCUUUUAUUGGUUUCUGAUAAUGUAAUACUGAAAUAUUCCAUUACAAUGAUAAACUUAUCAACCUGUUUUUUAAAUAUGUAAAUUUUUGUUUUAAAUAUUUUGUGGUUAUAUUACUAAUUAAGAGUUUAACAUGCUUUUCUCUUCCUGAUGAGAUAAACCUUUACUUAGUUACCUUGCUUAUGAUUAAUAAUGUUAUAUGUUAUAUACUCUACGUACUAUGUACUAUGUGUAUACACAUAUAUGUAUAUGUACUAUGUAUAUAUUUUACACUAUAAGUAUUUAAGCUUUCUUUUGGUGAGCAGUUGCCUGUAAUCCUUUCAUUUUCAACUAUUUAAUAUCAUUAUAUUUUCUGUCAGUAGUUAUGCCUCUUUUUAUCCUAAUGCAGUAUUGUUAUAAACUAUUAUUAUUCACUUAUUUAAAUUGUGAUUAAAAAAUUAUUAUUUCUCUUCACUCCUUUACUGCCUUCUCAUUGAUUUUUUAAUUUCAUUUUUUCUCCUGCAAUGUUUCUGAUCUUAUUUCCUCUAUUUCUAUUCAUUUACUAAUCACUCUAAAAAUGUAAACUGCAUACUUUCCUCACUGUCUAAAGCUAUUAAAAUUUACAACCCUUUUCCCAAAGGAAAAAAAAAAAAAAAAGCUGAAACUCCAGAAUACUUUAACCAAUCACUUCCUCUUCUCUUACACAAUGUUGUUAUUAAAUACAUUAAUACUCUGGUUUAUCUUACUCCCCAAAUAAUUAUUGUCAUUGUCAUUGUCAUCAUAAUUAUAAAAUAUAUUCAGUUUUUGCUUAAAUUUAUUCACAUUUUACCAAUUUAUUACAGCGUUCCUAUUUACACUCAGACCUCUUUUCUGGUUCAUUUCCCUUUUUCAAAAAGUGCAUCCCUUUAGGUAUUAAGGUGUUUUGAUACCAAACAUUCUCAGCUUUUGCAUGUUUGAAAAUGUCCUUAUUUUUCAUUGUCUUUAAUGGUAGCUUAGCCAGCUUAAAUUCUAAGCUAAUAGUAAUUUUCUCUCAGUACUUUAUUGGUAUUACUGUACUAUCUUUUGGUUUCCUCUGUUGCUAUUAAGAUGUUUGCUGUCAACUUAGUUGUUACCCAUUGUAGAUGCCAUUUUUCUCUUUGACUGAUUUUUAAAUCUCUUACGUACUUAGGGAGUUCUAAAAUGUUCACAUGAAGUAUAUACUCCAUGUAUUGUGCUUUGGAUUUGUUGAACUACCUUCAAAAUGCAAAAGUAUAAGCCAUUAUCUCUUAUAUUGCCUUUUGCUCAUUCUAUAUUUUCUUCUCCCUGGAACUCUAAUUAGACAUAGCUAACAGUUUCCAAUAUUAUCUUCAUGUCUCAUAACCUGUCCUAACACUUUCCAUCUCUCUGUCUAUAUUUCAUACUGACUUAUUUCUUUAGAUCUAUCUUAUUUUACUAAUUCUCCUUUCAGGUAUGAGUAAUCUUACAAAAAUCAUUAAAAUCUUUUACUCCUUCCUGUAUCUAUUCAUACCUUUUUGAGAUACAACUUUGUAGCUCCUUCUAAGAAAAGAUACAGUCUGUUUUUCCAGCCCUUGAAUUUUACUUGGAUUUGUGAUUCCUUCUGCACAACAGGAUGCAGCAAGAAUAACAGGGCUCCAGUUUCAAAUCUAGGCCACAAAACGUCUUGCAUGCUUUUGGGACCCAUGGAUAACCUCCUGGAGGAUAAAGGAUCACAUGGGAGCUGAAUCAACAUCAAAAGCCCCAGAAAUGUGAGACAGUAUAGCCAAAAUCAGAAGUCACUCACUCAACCCAAAGAUGACAAAUUCUGAGAAAGCACAACAUAAGCUAGAAGAACCAUGAAGGUUGAGCCCAUCCUACACUGUCAACCCUCAGAAUCAAAAGCUAAAUAUGUGGUUGUUAUUUAGACAUUAAGUUUUGGAAUGGUUUGUGAUGCAUCAAUACCUCAAUAAUAUGUCUAUUAUUUAAUCUGUUUAUUACAUUUUUAAUUUGAAUAAUUGUGGUUUACAAAUAUGAAAGUCUAUUUGGCCUUUUCCAAAUAUGCCUCAUCAUUCUUUAUCAUGUAAUCCUUGUGUAAUCCUUCAUUUCUUUCUUUUAUUUUUAUUUUAUCUUAUUUUCCUCUUUUAUUUG